UCCCCGUAGCGCUCCUCCUGUCCUCCAAACAAACCUCAGAGAUAUCUAUCCAUAAACCCUUGUCAAGCCCUUCCAUUUCCACAUAAAUCCCUGCUGUUAUCGAUAUGAAAGCUACGGUGUCGGUGAUCAAGUUUGUAUCCCGAUUCACUCAUGCUUGUCCGCCAUUCUGUAUCAAGCGUCACUUCUCAGCACACCCUGGCCGCCCGUUCCUUUUUGUCGUCUCCCGUUAUGGACCCAUCCCAAAUCUGGUCCUUGAGAGAUCGUUUCUGCAGUGACGGGCAUCCACAACCCAUCGGAUUGAUCAUAAAGGAGCCUUUAACCAACACCAUUUAGUAACACUUUAUCAAUACAUCCCGGGCGGCGAUCUCUGCGCCGGAGAGUUUGCAUUUCCCAACAAUGGACGAUCCUCGCAGUCCCAGCAGCCGUGAGGCUGGAUUUCGGCGCAGUCUACUCAACUAUGAAGACAUGUCGGCGCAGAUGUCGGAGCAGAGAUCGCAGGACAUGUCAGAGCAGAGGGACGACUCUGGCUAUCGCACUCUUACCCCUGAGCCUGCCGCCUUUCUCGCCGACCCAAACUCUCCUCAUCUGGCCCCUAGCCCGCAACUUCAUCCCAACAUCACCAGUCGCGCUGGUGCUCGCAGUCGCAAUCGUCGCCGUCUUAGCCAUCUGUUUUCGCUUUCUCAUCGGGGCCGCCAAACACCCACCUUUGAUGAUGACAGAAGACCCAAAAUCUCCAGACCGAUUGUCAAUCAGGGGCAGAUUGGUGUCCCGCACAAUGGUCCUUAUAUCUACAAUCAUCCCAGCCGUCCUCGCCUUGAUGUUGAGAUACCCAGGAGCAGUUUUAGCGAUUUGUGGGGUCAGCGCUAUGGCCCAAUUGGUGACGAGGGAUACAACAUUGACGGUCCCAGAAACACCCAGAGUGUCGACUUUGGACGUCUUGCCGGCUCCGAGGUUGUGAGAAACCAUGCUACCAGGAGAUACGGUGUAAGUCUUGGUGGUAUUGCUGAUUGGAAUGUUGAUGGUGGAUACUUCGGUACUACUGUCAGUGAUGAUGGCGCGACGGACGCCUCUGAGCACAACGAGAGAAGCGAGGAAGGAGAGCACGAUCGAGAACAUAACACAGGCGUCGAUGCAUCCUACAUCUCACCAAGCCGGCGUUCACUCGACUCUGUCGCUUCCUCGACUUCAGCCUCUCUGCCCUCGCCUUCUAACCUCCCUCCUCUACCCCCAUCGACUCUCGUGCUAGAGCAAGAGCGCGUCCGUACCCCAUCUCCCAUCGACCGUGAUCUGAACGAACGCUGGAUCCGUCACCCACUCCGUCAAAACCCACCAAACCAGCCUUUGCCCCGCGCACCACCAUCCUCUCCAAUCUCCUUCCCCUCCUCCCCCCAAACUCCUCGCCACUGGACAUCACAAAACCGCGACUACCUCAUGGAUUUCCGUCCUUCUUGCGGUGUCGUCAUCGCAGGCAUCGGUGACAUUGCACUGAUCCAACCCUUCACCGUCAACGAUCCUGGUGUGGGGAUGGCAGAUGUCAUGACCGCCAUACGCGAGAGUCUUGAAAACGGAGCAGAGGAAAGCGACAGUGACGACGAGGACUUUGAGAUCUACGAGGAUCCUCCUACUCCCCCUCCCCCUCCCGCUCACGCUCAACCCAUGAUCGCGAGAAGGUUUUCCAGUAUGGGAGCUUCUGCUCAUCAAAGUGCUCAACGCGCUCAGCGUGGCACCAACAGUAGCAAAGAUCGUGAGAGCACCGGUUUCCGCUCUUUUUGCUGCGGUCUGUUUUCUCGUCGUCGCCCUCUGCACGAUUUGACGGCGAGCAACAGUGACUAUACCGCUCAAGCACGUACCCCCACUGCUGCUGGUAUUGGCCAUGACAUCUCGAGUCCUGUUGCUCAUACCACUAUCCCCGAGGAAAGCGAUGAAGAAUCCCUCAAUGAUCAAGAGAACAUUCCCCCUAGAGUUCUUCAGCCACCGCUUCAACGCGGUAAUCAAGGCAGAAACAUCCCUGUUCCUCCUAGAUUCGUGCAGUCCUCAAACAACCAUGGAGACAGAAGUGUGGGUGUUCCUCCUAGAUUCGUCCAGUCCUCGAGCGAGACCAACAACCAAGUCGACGGCGUUACAGAGGAUGAUCAGGACAUUCAGCCUUCGGUCGAGGACGACAAUCAAGGAAGUGGAAUGGGAGAGACUGAACAGGAAGAUGGUGUUGGAAGAAGACACUCUGUGCGUCGUAGUUGGGUUACUGUCUCCAGAUGGAUGGACUAAGAGACUUGAAGUUACACGACAAACGCACAUAGCUGGAAAAGAGAAGGUCAUCAGUACAAGAGCGUAGAUGGAUCAAAGGAGAGUUGGUCCACAUUGUUGAUUGUAUAGAGGUCUAUGCAUUCUGCGUCACAA